AAUGGGAGAGUGAAGCGUCGGCUGGCUGUGUUUGAAAAAGUUCCCGCGCAUGAGGUGCCGUGCCCUGGGAACCCGGCUAAGAGCAAGCGUUGGCCGGCGAUUCCAGUUGCUCCCCAUCUCUCGUUCAUACAUCUGAAAUUUCUAGCCCAGGCAUUUCUCAUCAUGGAUUUCGAAGCUAUUGAGGACCAGGACGGCAUCCGCUGCUCGUGGAAUGUGCUCCCGAACACGCGCAUUGAGGCGACUCGCUGUGUGGUUCCCGUGUCGACUCUGUACACGAUUCUCAAGGACCGGCCCGAGCUGCCACCCGUCGGCUAUGAGCCAGUUAUGUGCAAGGCGCCGUGCCGCGCAGUGCUGAACCCGUAUUGCCAGAUUGAUGUGCGUGGCAAGCUGUGGAUCUGCCCGUUCUGUCUGCAGCGCAACCAGUUCCCGCCACACUACAAGGACAUCAGCGCGCACAACCUGCCGCCCGAGCUGCUGCCGCGCUACACGACGAUUGAGUAUACCCUGGCGCGCCAGUCGCCGGUGCCGCCCGUGUUCAUGUUUGUCGUCGACACGUGCCUCGAGGAGGACGAGCUCAAGGCGCUCAAGGACAGCCUUAUCUUGUCGCUGUCGCUGCUGCCACCGACGGCACUGGUGGGUCUGAUUACGUACGGCACGAUGGUGCAGGUGCACGAGCUCGGGUACCAGGACUGCCCCAAGUCGUAUGUGUUCCGCGGCACCAAGGACUACAAUGUCAAGCAGGUGCAGGAGAUGCUGGGCAUUGGGUCGAGCAUCCGCAACCAGCCGGGGUCGGCACCGCACCAGCCGCAGCAGGCCCAGCAGGCGUAUGGCGCCGACCGCUUCCUGCAGCCUGUCGAGCAGUGCGAGUUUACGCUGACCAGCAUCCUCGAGAACCUGCAGCGCGACCCGUGGCCGGUGGCCGCUGAUAAGCGCCCGCUGCGCUGCACUGGUGCCGCCAUGGCUGUCGCUGUAGGCAUGAUGGAAUCGGCGUUCCCGAACGCCGGUGGCCGCGUCAUGCUCUUCUGCGGCGGACCUGCCACCCAGGGCCCUGGUAUGGUUGUCGGCCCCGAGCUCAAGGAGCCGAUUCGCAGUCACCACGACAUCGAGAAGGAGACCGAUCGCCACUACCGCAAGGCUGUCAAGUUCUACGAGGCCUUGUCGAAGCGGUCUGCAGCUGCCGGACACGCCAUCGACAUUUUCUCGGGCUGCCUGGACCAGGUUGGUCUGGCCGAGAUGAAGUCGCUGGUGAACUGCACUGGCGGUGUCAUGGUGCUGACUGACUCGUACGUGACCUCCAUCUUCAAGCAGUCGUUCCAGCGCAUCUUUGAGAAGGACGACCAGGAGCAGCUGCAGAUGGGCUUCAAUGCGACGCUCGAGGUGCAGACCACCAAGGAGCUCAAGGUGUGCGGCCUCAUCGGCCCGGGGAUUUCGGCCAACAAGAAGACAGCCAUUGUUUCGGACACGGAGAUCGGCAUUGGCAACACGUCUGCAUGGCGCCUGGCCACCGUCACGCCGCACACCACUGUUGGCGUGUACUUUGAGGUCGCCAACCAACAGAGCCAGGCGCUGCAGCCCGGCUCGCGCGGCCUGAUCCAGUAUGUGACUACAUACCAGCACUCGUCGGGUCAGUACCGCAUGCGCGUGACCACCAUUGCGCGCAACUGGGCCGAGGGCUCAGCGCCCGAGAUCCCGGCGUCGUUCGACCAGGAGGCUGCGGCUGUGCUCAUGUCUCGCAUCGCGGUGUUCAAGGCAGAGCUGGACGAGGCUGCCGAUGUGCUGCGCUGGCUGGACCGCAUGCUGAUCCGUGUGUGCCAAAAGUUCGGCGACUACCGGCGCGACGACCCGGCGAGCUUCCGUCUGGCACAGAACUUCUCGAUCUACCCGCAGUUCAUGUACCAUCUGCGCCGCUCGCAAUUCCUACAGGUCUUCAACAGCUCGCCCGACGAGACCGCCUUCUACCGUCACUGCCUGUUCCGCGAGGACACCAACAACUCGCUGAUCAUGAUCCAGCCCACGCUGAUGUCGUACGGCUUUGAGGGCCCGCCGGCGCCGGUUCUGCUGGAUUCGGUCUCGAUGAAGGCUGACGUUGUGCUGCUGCUCGACACGUUCUUCCACAUUCUGAUCUGGCACGGUGAGACCAUCGCCGAGUGGCGCAAGGCCGGGUACCAUGAGCAGCCCGAGUACGAGAACCUGAAGCUGCUGCUGGAGGCCCCCGUCCAGGACGCCCAGGAGCUGCUUGUCGACCGCCUGCCUGUGCCGCGCUACAUUGUGUGCGACCAGCAUGGCUCGCAGGCCCGCUUCCUUGUCAGCAAGCUGAACCCGUCGACGUCGUACAACAAUGCCAACCAGUACGGCGGCGGUGAGGCCGUGCUCACUGAUGAUGUCAAUGUCAACUCGUUCCUGUCGGCCCUGAGCGCCCUGGCCGUCAAGGGUGCUUCGUAA